AUGCUCCUCGCUACACCGACCUUUGCCUCGGCGUCCUCUUCCGCCUCGGCCUCCUCCGUCUUCCCUACCGGCACCCCCGUCUUCACCCCGAUCUCACCAGAGUUUGAGGAGCGGAUCCACCCGGCCUCGCUCGACGCUUGCGGGCAGCAUGACCCCGCCCUCCUCGAGCUGAUCCGGUCCGACGUCUCGCGCGACCUCAUCUCUUUCAUCUCCCGUACCACGACCUCGGUCAUUGGAAGCUCAACGACCAUCAGCGCCAAGGACGAGGCGCAGGCCGCGGGCAUCCCCUCGCUCACCACCUUCAUUGGUGUCGUGUGCGAGCAGUCCAACGUCCAAGUCUCCACCCUCCUCGCGACCAUUGUCUACCUCGAGCGGCUACGCAGCCGACUGCCCCGGUUUGCUAAGGGCCUGCCGUGUACGCGCCACCGUGUGUUCCUCGCGACACUUAUCUGCGCUGCCAAGUAUCUGAACGACUCCAGCCCGAAGAACAAGCACUGGUGCCGCUACGCCCAGAUGUUCUCCCAGCCCGAAGUCAACCUGAUGGAGAAGCAGCUCCUAUUCCUACUCGACUACGACCUUGCCGUCUCCGAGUCCGAGAUUUGCCAUUACGCCCGCCCCUUCCUCGAGCAGUACACGUUCGAGCCCGAGAUCCCCCGCCCCGCUCUCGCCACGCCGCCGAGCACUCCCCCCGACCUCCCUCUCCCCGUCACGCCGCGCCUGCCCUCGGGCGAGACGUGCUACUACGCCGACGACGCUCCGUCUCUUGACCGCAGCGACUCGACGUCCUCUAUCGGCUCGGACGGCCCGGUGACGCCCGCGUCCUCUGCCUGCUCGCCGGUGCACCGCAUCGCCGUCGCCGACGCGCACACGCACGCUGCCCUCUCCCCCGCUGCCGUGCCAACAACGAAAGAUGCGCGCCAGUACGUCCGCCGGCUAUUCAGCCGACGUGCGUCCUCUGCCGCCGUCUAA